CUACUACCGAUACACCAGCGACGUCUCCUGAGAAAUAAUCGCUGGAAGAAAUGGCCUAGUUACGAGCCAAAACCGGUGACCACAGAGAGGAUAAGAAUCGGAUGGACCGGGCAUCAGCACCACCAUCAUCGUCAUCCCCAUAAUCCCGGUGUCUUUUAUAAAGGCCUAAUUGGAUCCUGACUGCAGCCCCGGGCCUAUCAGCAGCCGAGGAGGAAGACGGAUGAAACCACACGCGCUCUCAGAGAAUGCUACCUACCCCAGCGCCUCACCAUGUCAGCAUAGGGCACCAGCUCCUCUGUCCUCUGCCACUCACCCUCUUUUUACCCUUGUUUACUCCCUUCUGAUUGGAUGCUCCUUUGUCUGUGCCUGUCUGAAGUGAUAUGACUACACGAGUCUCUAUUUUGGACAUGUUGCUUUUUCCUCUCAAUGCUGCCGGCCACCAGGGCUAUGGUGGUAAGCGGUAUCACCCCUCUCACCAAGUCACCAAUCACUGUCUGCUUUGGCUUUUGGGAUUAGCCCUACAUUUGACCUUGUCCUUGUGUCAGCGCGUCGACCCCAAAUACCCCAUAGUGUCCACAGGCUAUGGCAAAAUCCGGGGCAUCAAGAAGGACCUUAACAAUGAGAUCUUGGGCCCAGUUGAACAGUUCUUGGGUGUCCCGUAUGCAACAGCACCUAUAGGAGAGAGGCGUUUCCAGCCCCCCGAAGCACCUGGGUCGUGGCAGGAGAUCAAAAAUGCCACCCAGUUUGCCCCUGUGUGCCCCCAGAAUGUGCACGGUGUCCUGCCCGAGAUCAUGCUGCCCGUGUGGUUCACAGACAAUCUGGAUGCUGCCGCCACCUAUGUGCAGAAUCAGAGCGAGGACUGCCUUUACCUCAACAUUUAUAUACCCACUGAAGAUGGCCCACUCACAAAGAAGCAAGAUGAGUCGACGCUGAACAGGCCAAGGGAUGAGGAUAUCCGUGACCGUCGUAAGAAGCCAGUGAUGCUGUUCAUCCACGGAGGCUCGUACAUGGAGGGCUCAGGGAACAUGUUCGAUGGCAGUAUAUUGGCCGCCUAUGGAAAUGUUGUCACCAUGAACUACCGUCUUGGCGUGCUCGGCUUUCUUAGCACAGGGGACCAGUCAGCGAAGGGGAACUAUGGCCUGUUGGACCAGAUCCAGGCUCUCCGCUGGCUAAAUGAAAACAUUGGGCACUUUGGAGGAGACCCAGAGAGAAUCACCAUCUUUGGCUCUGGAGCAGGGGCGGCCUGCGUGAACCUCCUGAUCCUGUCACACCACUCUGAAGGCCUGUUCCAGAGAGCCAUAGCACAAAGCGGUUCAGCCAUUUCCAGUUGGUCGGUCAACUACCAGCCCAUGAUGUACACUAAGACCCUGGCUAAGAAGGUGGGCUGUAACCUAGGCGAUAUGGCAGAGCUAGUGGACUGCCUGAGGAGGAAGAGUUUCCGGGAGCUGGUGGAUCAGGACAUCCAGCCGGCUCGAUAUCACAUUGCCUUUGGGCCUGUGGUGGAUGGAGAUGUGGUGCCAGAUGACCCCGAGAUUCUUAUGCAGCAGGGUGAGUUUCUGAACUAUGACAUCUUGCUGGGAGUGAACCAGGGAGAGGGUCUGAAAUUUGUGGAUGACAGUGAAGGAGAAGACGGGAUCUCAGCUGCCUCAUUUGACUACACCAUAUCAAACUUUGUGGACAACCUCUACGGAUACCCAGAUGGUAAAGGUAUCCUCAGGGAGACCAUUAAGUUCAUGUACACAGACUGGGCUGACAGGGACAACAGCGACAUGCGGAGGAAGACCCUCCUGGCCCUGUUCACAGACCAUCAGUGGGUGGCCCCCGCCGUUGCCACAGCGAAGCUGCAUGCAGAGUUCCAGUCGCCUGUCUACUUCUACACCUUCCACCACCACUGUCAGACCGAGGCCCGACCAGAGUGGGCUGACGCUGCCCAUGGAGAUGAGAUCCCCUAUGUGUUUGGGAUCCCCAUGGUGGGUGCCACUGACCUGUUUCCAUGCAACUUCAGCAAAAAUGAUGUGAUGCUAAGUGCAGUGGUCAUGACGUAUUGGACCAACUUUGCAAAGACAGGAGAUCCCAACCUACCUGUUCCACAGGACACCACUUUUAUUCACACAAAACCAAACCGCUUUGAGGAGGUCAUCUGGACCAAGUUCAGUUCAAAAGACAAACAGUACCUACACAUCGGUUUGAAGCCUCGUGUCCGGGACAACUAUCGGGCCAAUAAGGUGGCCUUUUGGCUGGAGCUGGUGCCACACCUCCACGGCCUUCAGCACGAGAUCAUCAGCUCUGUGAAAACUCCAGUGACUCCUGUAGGUCCCAAUCGCAUCAGGCCCAACCCUGGCACACGCUCCACACGUCAGCCUAUCAUCUCCACGUACCCUCCUGACCCAGACCCCGAAAGCUCUGAGCCCCCGCGCACUCCCCCCUUCCCUGAGAAAACACGGGACUACUCCACAGAGCUGAGCGUGACAGUGGCUGUGGGAGCCUCUCUGCUCUUUCUAAACGUCCUGGCCUUCGCUGCACUCUAUUACAAACGUGAUAAGAGGCAUGAACUCAUGCAGAGGCGCCACCGCCGCCUGUCCCCUCAGAGGGGCACCACUAUGGGCAUGGGUGUGGGUAUGGGAGUGGUAGGAGCCCCACCUCACAACGACCUGGCCCUGAGUCAGGAGGAGGAGCUGAUGUCACUGCAGAUGAAGCAGCAGAGAGUGGAGCUGGAGCAUGGGACCCCCCUCCCUUCCCGCGGUGUACACGGUGACCUGGAAACGUUGCGGCCCCCCGUGUGCCCCCCUGACUACACUCUUGCCCUGAGGAGAGCGCGAGAUGUGCCGUUGAUGACAGCCAACACCAUCACUAUGAUCCCCAGCACUAUCAGCAGCAUGCAGCCGCUCCACCCCUUCAACACCUACCCACCUGUCCCGGCCCCCUCUGGUACUCCUGUUCCCAGCCACAGCAACAAUGCUCUGCCGCACCAACACUCUACCACACGAGUAUAGGACCACGCACAACUCUGGGCUCACAGAGACAUACCACAAAACUGCUCCACCAUCAACCCUUUGUAUUUGUCUCUUCUCAUUCAGCCCUCAUUCAAGCUGCAGUUUGUACGUUUCACAUUCAGGAACACCUCAACAUGAGGACAACAAUCAAAGGACGUUGUGUUCAAAUGCUCUUUGCCAUUGGUUCUUGCAGCUUUGCCUCAUUACAGCUUUCUGUAUUUGGUGUUUUGAGAUGCCAAAAGUGCAGCUUUAAGCUCAUAGCCCCCGUCAGAGGUAGAAAGCCUAUCACAGUCAAUCAGGCAACUUAUGUGUAGCUUAGUUGUUUUGAUCAUGUGUUGUUGUGUCAGUGUAAAACUAUGUUUGACAUAGAAUACAAAUAACCAUUUUCAUUCAUGGUUUAGGGGCUGCUUUGAACGAGGCGGCAUAUGCUUAACAAGCUGUGUGUCAUAAAGAAGAGAUUUCCUGAAACCUACAAACUGCAGCUUUAAAGGCCCAAUCUGGAAGUGUAAUUUGGCACCACGCAUUGAGCACUUUGUCCCCAAAGCUGUCUCCGUUCUGGUUUAGAGAUAUGAGAAAUGUACUGUUUGCAGUACAAGAAUGUGACAGCUGAGCGUCGUCCUUCAUUAUGAAAUGUAUUUUUUAUAUUUACAAAUCAAUGUAUAGUAUUAUACUGUAUAAUACCAGAGUCUUGCUUCAUAGAUCUAUGUAGUGAUGAUGCCGUUUCCAGAUUGGGGCUGGCUCCUCUGGGCGUUCCUGGAUAAACUGACUCACUCAGCGUGUGGGGUGCGACCUGAAUCCAGGCUGCCCAUUAGACUGGGCUGCAUCUGGGCCACACAGGCGCUAAUCACAUCCAUUACUUUAUUUGUUUCUCACUCAUUAUCUCUGUCUCUAUCCGCAUCUCGGCCCAUUUAACUGCUUCUCCAUUUACGGCCUCACACCACUUUCUCUGUGCAUAUGCCCUUGUAGCUCUUUUUAUUAAA